AUGACGCUGGGUGCCUUCGUGGGUUCAUGCUCUGCAGGACCGAUCGCAACCUAUAUUGGCCGGAAGACCUCGUUGUAUGUUGCGGUUGUCUUGAUCUACGUCGCCAAUAUUGUUAUGAUGAGUACCGACACCAUUGCCGGUCUUUACGCUGGGCGGUUGAUCAUUGGGCUUGGAAACGGAUUCUUGAUGACUUUUUCGCAGCUAUACAUCCAGGAGUGCUCUCCCGCCCGCUACCGUGCCCUCAUGCUAGGCGCAUUUCAAUUCUGGACCUCCUUCGGCGCCCUCCUGGGGACGAUCAUCGACAACUUCACAGCCAAGAUAGAAGGCAAGAAUAGUUAUAUCAUUCCACUGGGACUCAUAUUCGUUGUUCCUGCAUUUCUGUGCGCUGGAAUGUUCUUCAUACCGGAGUCUCCCCGCUGGCUGCUCCAGCACAGCAAGGUUGAAGAGGCACGACAAGCACUUAUCUGGCUCAGACCGGACCAGGAAACCGUUGAGAAGGAGAUGCAAGAUAUCCAGAAUGCAAUCGAACUGGAAAAUGAUCUGGCCAAUGGCGUGUCAGUUUGGGAUAUGUUUGCUAAACCCGUCGAUCGACGCCGGACGAUAUUGGCCGUGGCGGCUGUGAGCACACAGGCUGCUUCUGGAGCUAUGUACAUGAUUGCUUACGGAACCUAUUUCUUCGAAAUGGCCAAUGUCGGCAAUGCCUUCGAAAACAGCUGUAUUCUCACCGCGCUGGGCGUGGUGGCCAUCAUGAUCAAUAUUGCCGUUGUCACCCGUAUUGGACGCCGUCGACUCUUCUUGACAGUUGGGCUAACACUUUGUGGCUUCAGCCAGCUUAUCGUUGCAAUUGUCUACACUGUUGACCCAGGCACCCAGGGAACCGGUAAAGCAAUUGUUGGCCUGUCUGUUAUGUUCAUUUUCGCAUACAACGGCAUGGUGUCAACUUACGCUUGGGUUUCGGGUGGAGAGCUUCCGUCUCAGCGACUGAGAUCUUAUACAUUCGGCUUUGCUGCGGCGGUUGGAUUCUUGGGCGCGUGGUUGACGACUUUCACUGCACCUUAUUUCAUUAAUCCAGACUCUCUGAACUGGGGUCCAAAAUACGGAUAUAUUUGGUUCCCGUCCUGCCUCAUUGCCGCCACCUUCAUCUUCUUCUUCCUUCCCGAGGUGAAGGGUCGUACGCUCGAGGAGAUUGACGAAAUGUUUGAACAACGACUUCCUGCCUGGAAGUUCUCGUCCUACCAGUGCGUCGGCCUAACAGCUCUCGAAGAGACGCUCAAGGGUUCGGGAAUACUGGCUGGAGGUGAGCUUGAUGGUGAAGCUGCUAGACCUUCUGGGGAUUCGGAGAAGGCAACUACCGAGAAUAUUGAGAACAAAGCUUGA